CAGGCGCGCUGCCCCGAGGACGGUGCAAGGUUCAAAGAACCCGCCGAGUCUUCUCCACGCCCCCGCACUGGGCUCCGGGUUCUGUCACUGAGAGACGCCCUGGAACGUCUGUGGCAGCUUCUGUCUCGCUGGGACCCGCAUUGACAGCGGGAGGCAGAGGGAGGAACCUGGACACCGGAAGCCGGGAAAUGGACUCAGUGGCAUUUGAGGAUGUGGCUAUAAACUUCACCUGUGAGGAGUGGGCUUUGCUGGGUCCAUCACAGAAGAGUCUCUACAGAGAUGUGAUGCAGGAAACCAUCAGAAACUUGGACUGUAUAGGAAUGAUAUGGCAAAAUCACACUAUAGAAGAAGAUCAGUACAAAGAUCUCAGGAGAAAUCUAAGAUGUCAUAUGGUAGAGGGAUCCUGUGAAAUUAAAGAUAAUAGUCAAUGUGGAGGACCCUUUACCCAGAUUCAAGACAGUAUUGUGAACGAGAAAAUACCUGGAGUAGAUCCAUGGGAAAGCAAUGCGUGUGCAGAAGUCCUCAUGGGUCGUUCAUCUCUUAAUUGCUACAUUAGAGUUGACAGUGAACACAAACCAUGUGAGUAUCAAGAAUAUGGAGAGAAGCCAUAUACACAUACACAAUGUGGGACAGCUUUCAGUUAUCAGCCCUCCUUUCAAAUACGUGAAAGGCCUCAGCAUGGAAAGAAACUCUAUGAUUGUAAGGAAUGUGCAACCUUCAGUUCUCUUGAAAACCUCCAAAGACAUAUGGCAGCACACCAUGGAGAUGGACGUUGUAUGUGUGAGUUGUGUGGAAAUGUCUUUAUUUGGCCUAGUUUAUUUCAUAUGCUUGGAAGAACUCACACUGAAGAGAAACCAUAUGAAUAUGAGCAGUGUUCUACAGCGUUUCCUGCUUAUAGUUCCUCUCUAAGACAUGAAAGAACACACAGUGGAGAGAAACCCUAUCAAUGUAAUCUAUGUGGGAACGCCUUCAGUUGUUCCUGUUACACUCAACUAUAUGAAAUGAGUCACACUGGAGAACAAUCCUAUGAAUGUCAGCGAUGUGGGAAAACAUUUUAUCAUCUUGAAAGCUUUCAAAGACACAUGAUAAUGCACACUGGAGAUGGACCUCAUAAAUGUAAGAUAUGUGGAAAAGGCUUUCUUUCUCCCAGUUCAGUUCGAAGACAUAAAAGAACUCACACUGGAGAGAAACCCUAUGAAUGUAAGUAUUGUGGGAAAGCAUUCUCUGAUUGCACAGGUUUUCGAAGACACAUGAUAACGCACACUGGAGAUGGACCUCAUAAAUGCAAGGUAUGUGGGAAAGCCUUUGAUUCUCCCAGUUUAUGUCGAAGGCAUGAAAAAACUCAUACUGGGGAGAAACCCUAUAAAUGUGAAUGUGGGAAAGCCUUUAGUGAUUUCUAUUACUUUCGAAAUCAUGAAACUACUCACACUGGAGAGAAGCCAUAUAAAUGUAAACAAUGUGGAAAAGCCUUCAUUUGUUGCACUUACCUUCAAAUACAUGAAAGAAUUCACACGGGGGAGAGACCCUAUAAAUGUAAACAAUGUGGAAAAGCCUUCAGGUCUUCCAAUUACAUUCGAGUACAUGAAAAGACUCACACUGGAGAAAAGCCCUAUGAAUGUAAGCAGUGUGGAAAAGCACUUUCUCAUCUGAAAAGCUUUCAGAGACACAUGAUAAUGCACACUGGAGACGGACCUCAUAAAUGUAAGAUAUGUGGGAAAAGCUUUGAUUCUCCCAGUUCAUUUCGAAGACAUGAAAGAAUUCACACUGGGGAGAGACCCUAUAAGUGUAAACUAUGUGGGAAAGGCUUCAGGUCUUCCAGUUACAUUCAACUACAUGAAAGGACCCACACUGGAGAGAAACCCUAUGGUUGUCAGCAAUGUGGGAAAGCAUUAUCUGAUCUCUCAAGCUUUCGAAGACACAUGAUAACACAUACUGGAAAUGGACCUCAUAAAUGUAAGAUAUGUGGGAAAGGCUUUGAUUAUCCCAGUUCAGUGCAAAGACAUGAAAGAACUCACACUGGAGAGAAACCCUAUGAAUGCAAGGAAUGUGGGAAGGCCUUCAGUCAUUCAAGUUACUUACGGAUACAUGAAAGAGUUCAUACUGGAGAGAAGCCGUAUAAAUGUAAGGAAUGUGGGAAACCAUUCCAUUGUCCCAGUGCGUUUCAUAAACAUGAAAGGACCCACAGUGUAGAGAAACCCUAUAAGUGUAAAGAAGAAGGGGAAACAUUUCAUUGUAUCAGUUCCUUUCAUGAGCAUGAAGGGACCCACUAGAGAAAACCCCUGUGAGUGUUGAACAUGUGGGAAAGCCUUAAGUACUUUCAGCUUCUUACAAAUACACAAAAGGACUCACACUGAAAAAAGUUGUAUGAUUGUAAAAAUGUACUAAAACCUUCCAUUUUUUUCAGUACCUUUUGAAAACAUGACCAAACUCAUGCUUCAAAAAAAUAUAUAUAAUGAAUAUGAGGAAUAUGAAAAAGACUUUCUUUCGCUAGCAAA